AUGAGCAGCCGAGGAGCUGAACAGAAAUGUGGCCCAACAGAUGGAAAACCCAGAGUGCUAAACGAGGAGGAGAACUUCUAUGACUGCCAGGAGACUCUGGAACAUCCAGAUCAAACAGGAGGAGGAGACAAGGAAGAGGGCGAGGAAGAGGUGGAAAAGACCCGACAGGAUGAAGAAGGGCUGCAGGAGGAGCAACAGGACGACAGGCUGCAGCAGGACGACACGCUGCAGGAUGACUCAGAUUCAGAACUGAAGGAGAAGAGCCAGGAGGUCGAGUUUGACGAUGACUACCUGAGGGAGGUGGAGAAGGAGAUGACAGAGGAGGAGAAGGAGAGUCGACGGCAGCAAAGUUUAAGUCUGAAAGAAAAGGGAAACAACCAGUUUAAAGCAGGAAACUGGUUGGAGGCGGAGCGGAGCUACAAGGAGGCGUUGGUCAUAUGUCCGGUGUGUUUCAGCAGAGAGAGAGCCGUGCUGUUCUCCAACCGAGCUGCUGCCAGGCUGCACCUGGAUCUGAAGGACCAGGCAAUCUCAGACUGCACCAGAGCGAUCGAGCUGAAUCCAGACUACGUGCGGGCGUUGCUGAGGAGGGCGGAGCUUUAUGAGCAGACGGAGAAGCUGGAUGAGGCACUGGAGGACUACAAGAAGGUUCUGGAGCGAGACCCCAACCAGACCAGCGCCAGACACGCCUGCAUGAGGUUACCUCAGCAGAUUCAUGAGAGAAAUGAGAAGUUGAAGGAAGAGAUGAUGGGUAAACUGAAGGACCUGGGGAACAUGGUCCUGAGACCUUUUGGGCUUUCAACCAACAACUUCCAGGUGACCCAGGAUGCUAACACCGGCUCCUACUCCAUCAACUUCGUCCAGAACCCAAACAACAACAACAGAUGA